AUUGAACCCGUCACAUUCCGCCACUACUCUUCCAAAAUGCCUUCUGCUCCUACUGUUAAGCUCAACAGCGGCCACGAGCACAGANUGCCUCUCGUUGGUUUCGGUCUCUGGAAGGUCGACAACGACACUUGCGCUGACACUGUCUACAACGCCAUCAAGGUUGGCUACAGACUCUUUGACGGUGCCUGCGACUACGGCAACGAGAAGGAGGUUGGCCAGGGUGUCGCCCGUGCCAUCAAGGACGGACUUGUCAAGCGUGAGGAGCUCUUCCUUGUUUCCAAGCUCUGGAACUCUUUCCACGACGCCGACAAGGUCAAGCCCAUUGCCAAGAAGCAACUCGCAGACUUGGGCAUUGACUACUUCGACCUGUACAUCAUCCACUUCCCCGUCGCUCUGAAGUAUGUCGACCCCAGUGUUCGCUACCCUCCCGGCUGGUCCGACGAGAACGACAAGAUCUCCUUCUCCAAGACUCCUCUCUCCGAGACCUACAAGGCUAUGGAGGAGUUGGUCGAUGAGGGCCUUGCCAAGAGCAUUGGUGUUUCCAACUACAACGGUGCCCUCAUGCUCGACGUCCUCCGCUACGCCAGAAUCACCCCCGCCACUCUCCAGAUUGAGCACCACCCUUACCUCACCCAGGAGGGUCUCGUCAAGCUUUGCCAGGAGAACAACAUUCACGUCACUGCCUACUCAUCCUUCGGUCCCGCUUCCUUCGUCGAGUUGAAGAUGCAGAGAGCACACGACACCNCUCUCCUCUUCGACAACGAGGUUGUCAAGAAGAUUGCCGACAAGCACAACAAGUCUGCUGGUCAGGUCUUGUUGAGAUGGGCCACUCAGCGUGGUGUUGCAGUCAUCCCCAAGUCCAACAACAAGGACCGUCUUGCACAGAACCUCGACGUCUGCAGCUUCGACCUUGCUGAGGAUGAGAUCAAGGCCAUCAGCGAGCUUGACAGAGGUCUCCGCUUCAACGACCCUGUCAACUACGGCCUCAACAUCCCCAUCUUCGCCUAA